AUGAAGGUGAAGAUAGGGACAAAGGUGGAAGUGUGCAGCGAAGAGGAGGGAUAUGGAGGAGCCUGGUUUGAAGGAAGUGUCAUUGGGUUUGGCAAUGGCCGUAAGAAGCGUACAUUCUUUGUUCGAUAUGAGAAAUUUGUUGCAGAGGAUUUGAAUGGAGAGGCACUGGUGGAGGAGGUAUGUUUAAAGAAUAUGAGACCCAUUCCGCCCUACAAGCGAAUGCCCAAAAAUUUAUCAGCUGGGAUCGCAGUUGAAGCGCUUGACAGUGACUGUUGGUGGAGGGGUUUUAUUAUCACCAGAUUUCGAUCACCUUUUAGUGGGGAGGAGCUCUUUCAAGUCUACUUUCCUGAUACUCGAACUAUCAAAGCCUAUCCGCGCUCUGACCUACGCCCCGCUCAAGAAUGGAUCAGAGGAAAGUGGAGACCGCUACUAUGCAGUUAA